UGCCAACUCUAUCAGUCAUAAAUAAGGAAAAAGAAGAGAAAACUAGACCACAAAGCUCAGAGGCUCAGAGCAUCCCACCGUCGUUCUGUUCUUCGCCGGCGCGCCGUCGAACCCCCCAUCCAGCCACCGGAGCUCGCCGGAGCACGCCAGCCAUCGCGAAGAAACUCUUCGCUCGUAAUCUUCGCCGUUGUCCUCCCCCAUACUGCUACUGGAUCGGCGUCGUGUGGAGAUCGAUCCGGACUUGGGAUUGAUUCGUUUUGUUGCUGGUCUGGACAUCUCUGAGUGCGGUAUGUCGGGGAAGCCAUCUGAUGAUAUUGCUAAUAAAGUGAGGCCUGAAGGAGAUGUUUCUGAUGAGAAAGUAGAAACUCCUGAUCCGAAUGAAGGAGAUGGUAUGCCAUCACCACAACAAGAGGAAGUAGCAAUCAAGAAAAAAUAUGGAGGAAUAGUGCCCAGAAAGCCACCACUUAUAUCCAAGGACCAUGAACGAGCUUACUUCGAUUCUGCUGAUUGGGCUCUGGGCAAGCAAGGAGGAAAUCCUCAAAAACCUAAAGGACCACUUGAAGCACUUCGACCAAAAUGGCAGCCUACUCAACAGCAAGCUCGUUCACGUCGAUUCCCCUCUUCAUCUGCUGAGAACGAAGAGGGUGUCAAUUCGCCUACAGAGGAUGCGAGCCAGAACCAGGAUAGCACCGAAGGCAAGGACAAGUAAUGAGUACAAUGAGAAGUUCCAAGUUUUGUACAUGGGACUUUGCCAUUUUCUAUGCUCAUGCCAAUCUGUUGCUUCGGUAAUAAGUACUCGGGUGCAUGUAAUGAUCCAUGCCCUCGUGUGGUCGACCUGAAUUUUGAAAUGCAUUCGAGACAUGUGGUACCUACUGCGGGCUGUUGUUCCAUGUUUGAUACAUGUAACAAUUUGAGAUGGAAUUGGACAUUUGUGGAUCACGAUGUUGUGGUACUGGACGUUUGAGCAAACAAAAAUGAAAUUUGAGAA